CACAAACACGCAGACUGCCCCCUCCCCCUUUACAUACAGCCCUGCUCCCUCUCUGAAACACCGACAAGAAGAAGGGAGCAAAAAAAGAAGAGAAAAAACUAUCUUUCUCUGCGUUUUCUGUCUGAUUUGUGGACUGUGAAGCCGCAUCGACACGGGCGCAAAAAAAGAGAAAAAGGGGGAAGCAGAUAGUCCACCUUCCCCAUCCCUCCUCCUGCAGGGAACGGCCUCAUUAUAAACAUUAGAAAGGCUGCGCCGCGACUCAUUAGUUCUUGGUGGGCAAACACCGACAAAAGACCGGGGGAGGAGAGGGCCCGCGUGAGCACCCGGGGGGGGGACCUAUAGCCGGCCGCAGGGACGCUAGCAAGGAGGAAGGGAGCCGCGCGGGGGAACACACAAGGCCGGAUCUACUUGUAUGUUUUGGACGGGCUACUCCGCCGUUGUGAAAAAAAAGACACACGGUCACAGGGAAAAAAGCGGCAGUUCGUCCUCCUUGCUUUGUUUCAUGUGGAAUAUCUUCAGCAUGCUUCAGCUGCGAGGACUGUCCGCCCGAAUGGAAGGAGCACGUCAGGCGAGAGCGGCUUAUUUUUCUCCGGCGGGGGAAGCCAUAACCGCGGGGCUUCGUUGUUUGGUCUGAGGGGACCUCUUUUUGGCCAAAUCCACGCAUGCCCAUUUGGAACCACCGCACGCGCUGGGUUUAGGACACGACACGCGGAGGUGGCGAGAAUGAAGGCAACUCCAACAGUAAAAUCGACGCCAAAGUAAAAAAGUUUCCACGUUGAGACUGUUUCCAGGUCACAGUGGAGUGGGAGGAGACUGAACCGCACUUUUUAAAUGUUUAUUUGUUUUCCUUUAUUACCGAACCGCCCCCCUCUAAAUAUUAUUGUCCCCUAACUAAGUCUACAAACGACGUUAGUUUUGUGGCUCCUAUGCUCCCUUGACAGCAGCCACACGUUUUGGCCUGCGUGUCUUUUCUUCCGCGGGGGUUCCGUGACCAAGCGAUGGCCAUGGUGAGUGGGGGCUGGGGAGAUCCAAACGGGGGCACCAACGGGUUAGGGGACAAGGGAUACCUCAAGGGGGAGGAAGAAGACGGCUCUCCACAGGCCGGGGGCAGUGACAUGGAGGCCGGGGACGACGACAAGGCCUGCGUGGUGGACUGCGUGGUGUGCGGGGACAAGUCCAGCGGGAAACACUACGGCGUGUUCACGUGCGAGGGCUGCAAGAGCUUCUUCAAGAGGAGCGUCCGGCGAAACCUCAGCUACACUUGCAGGUCAAACCGAGAAUGUCAGAUUGACCAGCACCACAGAAACCAGUGCCAGUACUGCCGCCUGAAGAAGUGUUUCCGUGUCGGCAUGCGCAAAGAAGUUCAGCGCGGUCGCAUUCCACCCCAGCCGAGUCUCAGCCCCUCCAUCACACCCAUAGGUGGCACUAGCAGCCUGGCAGGUGGAGAGUUCUACAAUAGCAACAACAAUGGAGGAAAUGGCGGAGGCCAGCCAGUGUCGGAGCUCAUCUCUCAGUUGCUGCGGGCUGAGCCGUACCCCAACAGCCGGUUCGGACACCAGUACAACCAGCAGACCGGGCCCGAUAAUGCAAUGGGCAUCGACAAUAUCUGUGAGCUGGCCGCCCGUCUGCUCUUCAGCACGGUGGAGUGGGCCAGGAACAUCCCGUAUUUCCCGGAGCUGCCCGUGUCCGACCAGGUGGCUCUGUUGAGGCUGAGUUGGAGUGAGCUUUUUAUCCUAAAUGCAGCCCAGUCCUCUUUGCCGCUGCACAUGGCGCCGCUGUUGGCGGCCGCUGGCUUCCACUCGUCACCCAUGUCCGCGGAGCGCGUGGUGUCCUUCAUGGACCAGGUGAGGAUGUUCCAGGACCAGGUGGACAAGCUGACCCGGCUGCAGGUGGACUCUGCAGAGUACAGCUGCCUCAAGGCCAUUGCUCUCUUCUCACCAGACGCCUGCGGUCUGACAGACCCGGUUCACGUGGAGUCUCUGCAGGAGAAGGCUCAGGUGGCUCUGACGGAGUACGAGAGGAUGCAGUACCCCAGUCAGCCUCAGCGCUUCGGCCGCCUGCUCCUGCGGCUGCCUGCCCUGCGCGCCGUCCCCGCCAACCUCAUCUCCCAGCUCUUCUUCAUGCGGCUUGUCGGGAAGACACCCAUCGAGACGCUGAUCCGGGAUAUGCAGCUCUCCGGAAGCUCCAUCAGCUGGCCGUAUGUCCCGGGACAGUAGCUCUGUGGCGGCCGACAAGCCCUGCCUGGGAUUAGUGACUAAAAAAGGGACCGAGAUGAAACCUCCGGAGUUCUCAUGAUCCAUCUGUGGUUCUCCAACGGCAGUGCCAGCUGAUCCUCGCAUGCUCUGUACUGAACGCGCUCAGUUACCCCUCCGCGUGGGCCUCCAGAGGAGAGGGCAGCUGGCGCCAGGGCAGGGGGCCCAGCCCGGUCCUACCGGUGCCAGGCGUCCGGCCGGAGUCCAGCUCAUCCCGCUGGGCAGCGAUAUGGCCUCCAGAGCCCGGCAUGCCAUCACCCACACGCCACGCUCAACAGCAGAAACUGCAUUCAAACUUGCAGAACCCGUGCUGUCCCGGCAGUUUCCAUCUUCCAUUCGUGUUUGAGUGUACCGGAUCACGGCAGCAAACUAAAGGCUCCGGAUUCAACUUUGAAAAACCCGGCGUCUGCCGAACCCGCAGAGAAAGAACUGAGGAAAUGUCACCAAAGCCGACCUCAGAAACUGAUGCUCCCCAUCAGAAAGACGUCCGACCUUUGUCGCUGGUGUGGUCAAAGAACACAAAACGUUUCCAUGACAACAGAUGAAUACCUCACUAGACAUCAGAAUGCUUUAGUGCAACAUUUCCUAAACCUCUGUAAGAUUUCUUCACCAGAAUUCGCCUUUUUAAUGGCCGCCCUCGGGGGGCGGGGCAUCUGUGGAUCAUGAGUCUUAAACGCAUCACAUGCAUUUGUGCUGUAUCUUUUUUAUGAAUGCCUUUUUACUUUCUAACGGAGUCUAAUUCGGAUCAAACCACAUGAGCUGAUCAGAUUUUUUUAAGCAGUUAAACCUUUUUCUCCUAUUAUUUACACUCAGCUGGUAUUUAUAUAACUUUUUGCAUGUUGGAAUGGAGGUUUCCCUCUCCCUUUACUUUCUGUAAUUAAACUGCAUAUAAAUAUUAAAGUAUUCCUUUCACAGCUGGCUCUGGCUAGCUCCUAAAUGUUUCUUUUCCUGUCUGUAAAAACAUGGAACGCCUCUGAAGAUGUGUGGUUAUCCGCCGCGGUGAAUGAUGUUCUAACUGGAUGUGGAUCCGGUGGAGAGAACUUUUCAUGCCAUAACAUUUCAUGCAUGUGAUGAGUGUUGCAAAUGAGGAAAAAAAAAAAAGCUGCACAUGCUCCAAAACGUGAAAGCAUUUAAUAAAAAAGAAAAAACA